AUGCGGCGGCUACUGCUUAUGACGAUGGUUUCACUGCUUGUUGUGAUGGUGCUGGGCUCAAAUUCGUCUGGGAGCUUCGGUAUAAUGGAAAAAGACACUGGGAGCUCUAGAGCUACCGUUGGCGGCACAAACACGACGAUAUCUCAGCCUGCAGACGACUUCAUCCCAAAAUCGAACGGUGGACGUGGGAAUGGCAGCGAUGCAACCUCAAAGUCGGUGCCUGAAGCUCCAAGUGACGGCAAUGGCGGUGGGUUGUCCGAAGUGGCAGUCGGAGUGAUUGUUAGUGUGACGCUUGUGGCACUUGCACUGGGCGCGGCUAUGGUCGUUUGCGCGUGGAGGGCAUCGAGGCGCGAAGAAGAAGCCAUGUUCAUGGACCUCGGAGACGAGAGCAACUACACGUAUGGGAGAUUCGGAGACUAUGCUGCUAUGUAG